UCCCAUGAUUGAAUUACAAUUUUGGAUGAGCUAUUGGAUGCUUUACUUAUUUUGAUAGGGCUGCAGCCCUAUCGAACCAUUUUCUUUCCUAAAAACUCGCCUUAGUGUCCCGCCACUUUUCAAACGCCAUUUUAAAACCAGUUUUAGGGUUAGGGCACGAAGCGGCUGCUCUAAUGGAGCACGACUUGGAGAUCGAGAAAUGCCGCCUCUUGAGCCUGGCUUUCGAUUUUGGAUUCGAUGAAAUUACGGCCAAAGAAUGUCUUGAGCGAUUGAUUCAGUUAUACGGUGACGAUGGGAAGGAUUUCAUCACAGUUGAGCAUUGUGGUGACGACUACCUUGCUGCAUUGGCUGAUUCCAUGCAAAAUAAAGAAGAGUGGGAUGAUUUGCAAGCCAUGGAACAAGAAGCUUGCGGAGCUUUGAGCAAUAUUUUGGGAAAAGAAAUUCAUGGGGAUAAUGAAUUGGAGAAUACAACUACUUUAGACAGUGAUGAAGAGUUCCUUUUGGAGUCUCGAAAUGAUGGUUCUAGGCGUUCGAUUAAUGAGCAUUCCGAAAUACUUGACACUUCCAGUGCUCGGGAAAAUUCAGUUUCUGGGGGCCUAAGCUUAGGGAAGCGUCCUUUAAAAUCCAGUGGACAUGGGGCCACCAAUCCAAAAAAAUUUGCAGCACCAUUUGCAAGAGAAACCAUAUCUUCUGGUACAUCAGACAUUGAUCAUAGAACUAUGAAAUUUGAAGAAUUGCAAGCUUUGGAUGAUGUUGAAUUGGCAAAUGUUGUAAUUUUUGGAAACAAAACAUUUCGGCCUCUGCAACAUGAGGCUUGUAUGGCAGCCAUCACAAAGAGAGACUGCUUUGUACUUAUGCCUACAGGCGGGGGUAAAAGUCUCUGCUACCAGCUGCCUGCAACUCUCCGCCCCGGGGUUACUAUUGUUGUCAGCCCGUUACUUUCACUUAUUCAAGAUCAGAUAGUUACGUUGAACCUCAAGUUCGGGAUACCAGCUACUUUUCUUAAUUCUCAACAGACCUCCUCGCAAGCGUCAGCUGUCAUCCAAGAAUUAAGGAAAAGUAAACCAUCUUGCAAGCUUUUGUAUGUAACUCCUGAAAGAAUUGCUGGAAAUAUGUCCUUCGUGGACAUUCUACAAAACCUCCACCAAAAGGGACAAUUGGCGAGGUUUGUCAUUGAUGAAGCACAUUGUGUGAGCCAGUGGGGACAUGAUUUUCGUCCAGACUACAGAGGAUUGGGAUGCCUUAAGCAAAAGUUCCCUGAAGUUCCUGUUAUGGCCUUGACUGCCACUGCAACCCAACCGGUUCGAAAGGACAUAUUAAACACCUUACAAAUACCCCAUGCUCUUGUGCUUGAGGCAAGCUUUGAUCGGCCAAAUCUCAAGUAUGAAGUACUCGCCAAAAACAAGGAUUCAUUGAAGCAGCUUGGGCAACUAAUCAAAGAUCAUUUUCAUAAUGUGUGUGGAAUAGUUUACUGCCUUUCAAAGAAUGAAUGCGAGGAGGUUUCAACAUAUUUAAAGGAGAAAGUUCACAUAAAAACAGCAUUUUACCAUGCUGGCCUCGCUUCUCGUCAAAGAGUUAUUGUUCAGAGGAAAUGGCAUACAGGAGAAGUGCAAGUGGUGUGUGCUACUAUUGCAUUUGGAAUGGGGAUAGAUAAACCUGAUGUUCGUUAUGUUAUUCACAACACCAUGUCCAAAUCGAUUGAAAGCUAUUACCAAGAGUCUGGAAGAGCAGGAAGGGAUAAUCUUCCAUCCGUAUGCAUUGCUCUGUACCAGAAGAAGGAUUUCAGCCGGGUUGUGUGCAUGUUAAGGAAUGGAGUAGCAUGUAAAAGUGAAAGCUUUAAGAUAGCAAUGGAUCAAGCAAGGAUGAUGCAAGAAUAUUGUGAACUAAAGGAUCAAUGUCGGAGACAGACACUUCUCAAACAUUUUGGGGAACCCUUCGAUAGGAUGCAGUGUAAAAAGGGUCCCAGUCCUUGUGAUAAUUGUAUUAAGAUGUCGAAAUGAGCAUGUGAAAAUAGUGGUUAUUGAAUUAAUUGUGCAAGUGAAAUCUACUUAUUAUUUGAUUGCUUCAUAAUUAUAUUUGUUUA